AUGUAUAUGGUUCCUCUAUCUCUCCCUUUUCCUCCUGGUCCUAAGGGUCUUCCCUUCAUAGGAAAUCUUUGUGAUAUUCCAGCCGAAUACCCAUGGAUCACCUACGCUCAAUGGACCGCGACAUAUGGAGACGUCUUGUAUUUGAAUACUCCUGGCAAUCCGACCAUUAUCCUCAACUCAGCCCAAGUAGCCACUGAGUUGCUUGAAAAGCGUUCCGCACUCUACUCUGAUAGACCAGAUAUGCAGAUGCUGCGGUUGUCGGGAUGGGACUUUGCUUUAUCUAUCAUGCGGUAUUCUGAUAGGUGGAGAGUGCAUCGACGAAUGUUCCAUCAAUAUUUUCAAGCCCGCACACUCCCGUCCUUCUAUCCAGUGCAGAUGAAAGCUACUUUUGUAUUAUUACGCCAGCUACUGGACUCUGAAGAUGGCGUAUCUCAUCAUAUCCGUCACUACGCUGGUUCAAUUAUUAUGAAGACUGUUUACGAUUACGACGUUGAACCAGAUGAAGAUCGGUUUGUGCAGUUGGCAGAUCAGGGUGUGAUCAGUGCUCAUAUCAGCGGCACCGAAGGGACCUUUCUUGUUGAUUACUUUCCCGUUCUGAAAGUUCUCCCCAAGUGGUUUCCUGGAGCUAGAUUUAAGAAUCUUGCGCCAUCCAUGAUAGAGGAGCCUUUCAGAUAUGUAUCAGAAUCACCUGUAAGUGAUGACUCUGUCCCUCGAAGAUUGAUCCUCAUACCCUACUCCAAUCUCGAGAAGGUGAAACAGAACGGGGCCGACGUCGAAGUUAUCAAAAACGUUGCCGCGAUGGCCUUUGCUGUUUCUACUAUCCUUUCCGUGAUUCUGGCGAUUCUGCUUUACCCAGAAGUUCAAGUUAAGGCGCAAGCGGAACUGGAUGCCAUUGUGGGCCAAUCCCGACUACCACACUUUGAUGAUCGUCAUAAGCUUCCCUACAUUAACGCCACUCUAUCUGAAGCGCUAAGAUGGAACCCUGUUUUUCCUCUGGGUUUGGCUCAUCGUAGCGUGAAAGACGACGUGUACAAAGGCUAUUACAUUCCAGGAGGCGCAACCGUUAUUGCGAAUGUUUGGGCGAUCCUUCACGAUGAGAAAGACUAUCCAAACCCUCUGGUGUUUGACCCUGAACGUUUUAUUAAAAGGGAAGGCAAAAAGCUUCCUCCUGAUCCUACGGCUGCAUUUGGCUUCGGAAGACGGAUCUGUGCCGGUCGAUACUUUGCCUCCAAUACCUCCUGGAUUGCUAUCGCGUCUAUUCUAUCUACGCUAUCCAUUUCAAAGGCUGUGGGUGACAACGGUCGCAUCGUCGAACCUAUCAACACCUUCACCAGUGACUUCCUGAGCCAUCCAUUACCUUUCAAAUGUGUUUUCAAGGCGCGUUCUGCCCAGGCACAUGCAUUAAUUGUUUCGGAAGUCGGGUCUGCGGACAUAAGGGAUGAUGCCAUAGGUAUCAGUACCGUAGCAUAG